AUGUCGGGCGGCGCAGACUCACCUCGAGACGACGACUCGUCGUCUCAGCACGAAGACGACUUCGUGCCCCCAUCCCAGCCGGCCCUUCGGAAGAGCGCCCGCCUGUCGUAUGCGCUUACUGGCUGGUCCUCUCUGCCAUCCGAAAACAUCUCGGCGGCCCUCACCGCGGCUGGUAUCCAAACCGAAGACGGCCUCAGUAGGGCUGAAAUCGUCAGCCUCGCCAACUCCGCCUUGGGAAACCCGGAAGCGGCCGGCAUCCCCGCCGUCGAUCCCGUGACCAACCCCGCUGUCACCGCAGGCCCCGCCUCGCAGGCCAACCCAACUCCACGGCAGUCUGGGAAAAGGAAGGCCAAGGCAAAGCACACCACCCAACCCAGGGGUAGAGGCCGCCCCGCCGCGGCUGCCCUGGCCGCCCAGCGCGCCGCUCAGCCGGCCGUCGCCGAGAGUCCCAUCUUCGAGGCUCUUCAAUCCCUCAACAAGACCGUGCAAGGCUUCGAUUCAAGGCUCAAGUCCCUCGAAGUACGCGGCGAACACACCCCUGCCUCUACGAGUACAGCUGCCACGGAUGCUUCAACCCCACUCCUUUCCCCCUUGCCCCUUCCACUCCCUCCCCUCCUUCACCCACCCCCUUCUCGCGCAGCACCACCCGUCGCCACCCCGGUCCCCACACCGGCUUUUUCCCUGGCAUCAGCUCAGCCUGCGCCUCUCCAAGGAAGAAGCUUCAUUGCGCAAGCCGCCGCGUCCAUAUCGCCGGCAGUACGCGCCAACAUUCUGAACGGUAAGGACACUAACCUCGCCUCCCUGCUGCUGCCCGCCUCUCCCAUCGACCGCCAGCUGGUCAACUGCGGCGACGUCUCCGUCAUUCUGAAAACCUCAGACCCACGCCUACUGAAGAACUUAUCGUUUGGAGAAUUCGUGGUUGCUUUCGGAGUAUUUCGCGAUGUCCUCUGUGGCGCGUAUCCAGAGCGCCGCGCCGAGCUAGAUAGCUACCUGGCUAUGCUCGCAGAUUUCCAUCUCCGGUACGGCGGAACUUUGUUCUAUGAGUACCACAAAUCCUUCGCGGCCAAAGCCGCCUCGUACGGACUGCUUUUGCAGGGACCCACACCCGAGGAGUGUCUGCCCCCGCCGGCUCCCCCGUUUGCUCCUUUCCGCGUUAAUUCCCUGGGCGUAGCCACUCGCAAAUAUUCAGGGAAGAAAAGGUUGAUUUUCGACAUGUCGUCCCCACACUCCGAUUCCCGGGCUAGCGUUAACGAGAUGAUCCCCCUCGAACCGUUUUCCCUGCACUACGCUACGGUCGACCACGCCAUAAAGCUUAUCAAAGUAGCGGGGAGGGGCGCGCACUUAGCGAAGGCAGACAUCACCGAUGCGUUCAAAACGAUGCCCAUUCACCCCUCCGACUGGCCGCUCUUCUGCGUAAAAUGGCAGUCCGCAUUCUAUUUCGCCGUCAGACUCACAUUCGGGUGCCGCAGCAGUCCACGUAUCUUCAACAAUCUCUCCGAAGCACUAUGCUGGAUUUUGUUGAACGUAUGCAAACUGCCGUUCGUCCUCCAUCUUCUUGAUGACUUCCUCCUUAUCGAUUUCCCCUCAAAACCAAAUUCCACGGUUUUAGACACGUUGCGCUCAGUAUUUCACGAAGUCGGGGUCCCACUGUCACCCGAGAAGACACUGGGACCAUGCACAUCCCUGGAGUUCCUAGGCAUCGUGCUCGAUUCCGUCGCCAUGAAAGCUUCUCUCCCCCAAGAAAAGCUUUCUCUCAUUUGCGAUAUUUGCGCUGGACUAACCGCCGACACAGUCAUGACAAAAAGGGAUCUCCUCUCCCUCCUCGGCCACCUCAAUUUCGCCAUUCGUAUUAUCCCGCACGGCCGCUCGUUCAUCUCCCGUGUCCUAGAUGUGGCCCACUCUGUCCCGGAAUUAACAGACUCCGUCGCACUAGACCAGGGAUGCCACUCAGAUUUACGCUUCUGGCUGAAACUUCUAGGAAAUUGGAAUGGUAUCUCCUUCUUCUACAACGAUUCCACCGAGUCGUCCUCCUCCCUUGGGUUAUUUACCGAUGCGGCCCCGUCGGUCGGUUUCGGUGGAUUCCACAAGGGAGAGUGGUUCGCUGACAGUUGGCCGGACGAUUUCCUCGAGUUCACCGACGGGUCCGAGUCCUCUGCGCUUUUUGAAAUGUAUCCUAUCGUCGUCGCGUGCGUCCUCUGGGGCUCCAGUUGGUGCAGAAAGCGCAUUGUGUUCUACUGCGACAAUGAAGCCGUAGUGGCAAUUAUCAACAAAGGUCGCUCUAAAUGCCCCAAACUGAUGGCGCUAGUGAGGCGUUUAACCUGGCAAUCUGUUAUGGGCAAUUUUGUAUUUUCAGCUGCUCAUGUCCCUGGCCACUCUAAUGUCAUAGCUGACGCUCUCUCUCGCUUUCAUUUGCAGGAAUUCCGCAGACUAUGCCCAUCGGCCAGCUCGACCCCUCUCCGCUGCCCGAGUUUCUCGGAACUCGUCCUGUACUAG